AUGGCCGCCGACCUCCCACUCUGCCUGCAGCUGCUGCCUCUCCUCGUCAUUCCUUUCUUCCUCUUCUUCAGACGCGCGGGUCCACGUGACAUCACCCGCGCCGCGCGGCUCCCGCCGGGGCCGUGGGCGCUGCCGGUCAUCGGCCACCUGCACCACCUGGCCCGCGGGCUCCCGCACCGCGCCAUGCGCGACCUGGCACGGCGCCACGGCCCGCUCAUGCUUCUCCGGUUCGGCGAGGUCCCCGUCGUGGUCGCCUCCUCCCCGGACGCCGCGCGCGAGGUCAUGAGGACCCACGACGCCGCCAUCGCGUCGCGGCCCAUCGGCCCCAUGUCGCGGCUCUGGUUCCAGGGCGCCGAGGGCCUCAUCUUCGCGCCCUACGGCGACGCAUGGCGCCAGCUCCGCAAGGUCUGCACCCAGGAGCUCCUCAGCGUCCGCCGCGUCCACUCCUUCCGCCCCGUGCGCGAGGACGAGCUCGGCCGCCUCCUCCGCGCCGUCGCAUUAGCGACAUCGGCGGGGCCGAUCAACCUGACCGAGAAGAUAUCGACCUACAUCGCGGACUCCACGGUGCGCGCCAUCAUCGGCAGCCGCAGGCUCAAGGACCGUGACGCGUACCUGCGGAUGCUCAAGGACCUGUUCAGCAUCAUGCCCGGGAUGAGCCUGCCGGACCUCUUCCCGUCGUCGCGUGUCGCCAUGCUCGUAAGCCGCGCUCCUGCCCGGAUCGAGGCCUACCGCCGCAGCAUGCGACGGAUCAUGGACGGCAUCAUCCAGGAGCACCAGGAGAGGAGAGCCACCGGCGACGGCGAGGAAGAAGAGGACUUGGUCGACGUUCUCCUGAGACUUCAGAAGGAAGUGGACUCACAGUUCCCGCUCACAACCGAGAACAUCAAAACCGUCAUGCUGGACAUAUUUGGCGCGGGCAGCGAGACGUCGUCGACGACGCUGAACUGGGUGAUGGCCGAGCUCCUGCGGAAUCCGAGAGUCAUGCAGAAGGCGCAAGGCGAGGUCCGGCAAGCACUCGCCGGGCACGACAAGGUGACGGAGGACAGGCUCGGCAACCUGCAUUACCUGAGGCUCGUCGUCAAGGAGGCGCUUCGGCUGCACCCGCCGGCAACGUUAUUGGUUCCACGCCAGUGCCAGAGCCCAUGCCAAUUGCUCGGGUUCGACGUGCCGGCAGGCACCACGGUGAUCGUGAACGCGUGGGCGAUCGGCAGGGACUCGGCUCACUGGGACGAACCCGACAAAUUUGUGCCAGAAAGAUUUGAGCAGAGCACGAGGGACUUCAAGGGGACAGACUUCGAGUUCAUACCGUUCGGUGCCGGCCGGCGAAUCUGCCCCGGAAUGACGUUCGGACUGGCCCAUAUAGAGCUUGCUCUUGCAGCGUUGCUGUUCCACUUCGACUGGAUUUUGCCAGGCGAGAUAGCAGCAGAGGAGCUGGACAUGACAGAGGUGUCCGGGCUCGCAACGCGGCGGCGGCAUGACCUUUUGGUGGCAGCAGUCCCUCGUGUCCCUUUGCCCGCAAAGUAAAUACAGGCAUCUACAUAUACAAUUCUCGUUGUGUCAUCAUCAUAUACAAAGUAAAUAUAGGAAAAGAGAAAUUAUGCCU